UAAACGGAAAAGAAAAAAAAAAUAACAAAAAAAAAAAGAGAGAAAGAAAAUCUUCUCCAAUGAAUGGAGGGUAAGAGGGCCGAUUCACCGGUGGGGCCCCGCUGGGGAGGUAUUUGUAGCAUGACGCGCCCGCGGCUUCCCCGCACCCAUGACCCCGCGGAUAAGGUGCACAAUCCACUUUCGUCGCGCCCGCAGCCUGCCCCGGGCCUGGGCGCUGGGCUGGCGCAUCCUCCGCCGCUUUUUCGGGGCGCUGGGGCGGCGCUGGCCGCGGCGCCUUGCCCUGCAGCUGGUCCUGCGGCGGAGGCGGCGCGGGAGCCCCGGGGCCAGGUGAUGAUGCUGGGCAGCCCGCGGGUGGCCGAGCUGCUGCUGCGGCACGGAGCCGACCCCAACCGCGCCGACCCGCGCACCGGCUGCCUCCCGGCGCACGAUGCGGCCCGCGCCGGCUUUCUGGAGACGCUGGCGGCGCUGCACCGCGCCGGGGCGCGCCUCGACCUCCGCGACGGCCGCGGCCGCCUGCCCCUCGACGUGGCGGCGGGGGGCCCGCAGGGGGCCGUGGGGCGCUACCUGCGCGACCCUCCGCCCCUUCCAGGAGCCGGGGGCGCCGCCGAGGGGGCUGCGCGCUGACCCGGCCCCGGCUUGUCCCCGCGUCCCCGGCAGCCCACCUCCCCCGCGAGCAUCCCCGCCGCCCAGUCACCAGCGAGCCGCCGCGGAUGGCGCUGCCGAUGUCCGUCUGCUGGGAAGAGCGCUUCUUUGUCCCGCUAUCGCCAGGGCCCCUCCCGUGAGUCCCGGGCACUCCGGCUCCCGCUUCUGCGAGAAGACACGUGCCGAGGUUUUCUCUGUUUCCUGAGAAAAAGAGGAAAAAAAUCCGAAACACAAUCAAGACUAGAGCUCCUGCUUCCCCCUCUCGUGAUCUCCGGCGGGCAGAGCACAAGCGCCAGACGGCUCUUUUAUACUCUAGCGGGAAAAAAAAAAAUAGAUAUAUUAAAUGUUCACCUUUUCCUCUUUUUUAUUUACAAUAAAGCUGCUUAGCGAAGUGAGAA